UCGAGGGAUGAUGAACAACCAUUUAGAAGCAGCGUGAUGUGGCGUCAGAGACGAAAUUUCAUUCUAUAAAAUGACUGAAUCAGCAAGCAUUGCACGUCACUCUAUUCGUGGCUUUACUGCUAUUCACAUCGAUAUUCGACAGAGAAAACUAAAAACAACAACAAAUCAACGGCGAACAAAAUAAACAACAACCGAUCACAUCCAUUGAAGAAUCCAAAGGAAAAUAUAUAUAUAUGGGGCUAUGCAAGUGAUUUUUCACGUUGUUUAAGUGAUUUAUAAAUAAAUCGAGCAAGUUUUUGAAAUUUUGUAUUAAUUAGGUGCAUGUGAAAACGCAUUAAAACAUUUCUAUGAGUGUGUCUCUAUGGCAAUUAAACUUAACAUUCCAUUUGUGCUUAAAGUUUCUGAACUGAGUUCACUUGAAGUGGUGCAUCAAACGGUUUUUCAUUUUGUAUGUAAAAUUAUCAUUAGGGAGUGAAAACGAAAAGUGAUAGACUCCGAAUUUAGAUAGCAACAGUUAUAAUACAACAUCAUAGCGAGGGUUUUGCUAUACAAACAAACAAUAAAACAAAUAACAUAAAUAAAUGAUCGAAAAAUUUGCAGUGAACAAAGAAAAACGGCAUUAGAAGUAAAGCAAAUAACAAAUAGCACCCACACACGAAGCAUAACGAUCAACCGACUGGAUAUUUAAUAUUAUUUCUUUAUUCCGAAUAAGGAAACUUGGAGAUCUGACAGAAGAAAAACAAAAACAAAACACCUAAUCACCAUGCUGACACAAACAUCACACAUAUUAAUUAUGGUUCUAGUGGCCAUUCUCUUGCCAUCGGUAUUUUCAUACUCAAUUUAUGGCAUUAAAACCAAUCGACGCUCGUCACGCGCCAACACAAACGCCAAUAAUAAUCCAUCAUUUUCGGCUGAUUCGCAGCAGCAACAACGAUUCGAUCAGUCGGGCUAUCGUUCACCAUCAUCACCAUCAUCAUCAUAUUAUAGCAACUAUGAUUCAUUGUAUGAUUCGGGACCUGUUGCUGAUAGUUAUUAUGUGGACGAUGAUAGUGAUGCCAAUCGUCCAGAGCGAGAGUAUUUCUAUGGUAGACCAACAUAUCAUGGUGAAUACAAACCCACACGAUACUAUUAUGCUCGUGCACCAUAUUACAAUUAUUAUAAUGACCAUUCCGAAUCAACAAAUCCAUUGGACGAUUUACAUGAAGAAAUGAUACAAGAAGAACAUGAACGUCAACGAAAUUGGCCAACGGGUAAAACAAAUUGGUUCCAAAAUACUGGACAACCAAAAAGUUUGACAACCAACAAUUUCAUGAAAAAUCUUAUGCUCUACAAUAAUGGUGUUAAUGUGGAUGAACAACAACAACAACAACCGCAGCAACAACCAAUUGAUGUGGCCAAUUCGUAUGACGAUGAUGAUGUUGUAGAAAGUCCGUAUUUUAGUGAUAUUACCAAUGAUCAAAAUGAACCAUACGAUUAUUUUGAUCCAUUGAAAUUCCAAUCGCAACAAUACAAUCAAUUCGUUGAUUCGACAUCAAAUAAGCCCACGUAUUUCAAUCAAAAUAACCGCAAGGAAACAACCAGUAAUUAUUAUAAAUCAAAUGUGAAUCGCAAACAAAAUGACUAUGAUGAUGGCUGGCGGCGUCAAAACCAAAAACAAGAACAAUCGAAACAUGAAGAUAAAGAAGAAAAAGAUCUCGAAUCGCUACGAAAACCGUCGGUGAAAACACUAUGGAAUAACGGCAUAAACGAUGCGGAAAAACACAUAAUGGUCAACGAUGCAAACCAUUUUGAGGCGAACAGCAAACAUGAUGACAGUUACAAUGGUGGAUAUGACAAUGGUGGUUUUGAUUAUGACGAUGAUGAAUGGAUCAAUUGGGAUCGAAAACGUAGCCUACCAAAAAAACAAAAUGAAAAUCUUCGACCAUUGAAAGUGCUGGAAUUCCAAUUGACGAAAGCAUUACAGGACCAACUAAGUGGAAAAGCAUUAAAACAAACACCGACAAUAACUGUACCACCCACGACCACCACAUCAAGCAGCAGCAGCAGCAGCAGCAUUACCGCCCACGAGCAUAAAGGUCAAAAAGAAGAGGUGCUUUCUCGGCCGGCAACACCACUUCGUCACCAUUUUUCCGAUUCGGUUCUAGAGGCUAUUACAAAAACAACAAACGAGAUGAAGCAAUCCAAUCAGGAUAAUAGUGCUAAAUACGAUGGAAACAAAGAUGAUGCUCCAAAACAACUGAAAAAGUUGGCGGGAAAAAAACAUAAACGCUUUGUAUCGAGUGAAACAUCACUUGAACAACAAUUAAAUGGUUUGAAGCGAAAAAUCAAGGCAUAAAUGAAACAAACAAACAAAAAGGCUAUACACUGGAAUUUGCGUCGCAACUACUACUUUGAUGUUCAAAAGGAAAAGGCGCGAGAGAAAAAGAACUAAAGUGUUUAAAAGACAUAAACAUUUAAUCAAUACGAGAAGAAAAAAUUUAAAUAAAAUAUCAUAUAUAAAAUAUAAAAUUGAAACAACCUGAAU